AUGUUCCCGGAGCCUGCGACCCCUGGGCCUCCAGCGCCCCAAGUGCCUCCGGACUCCAGCCGCAUCAGCCAGGGCGCAGUGCCUCCCUGGGCCCUGGCCACCAUCCUGCUCUGCUCAGGCCUCCUGCUCUUCAGCUGCUGUUUCUAUCUGUACCUGAAGCGAUGCCGGAAGCGAAUGGGCAAGAAAAGCCAGGCCCAAGCCCAAGUCUACCUUCAGGAAGUGAAGGAAUUGGGCCGGAGCUACAUAGACAAGGUGCAGCCGGAAGUGGAGGACCUGGAUCCAAUGCCAUCUGGGCGGGGGCAGCAGGCAGCAGAGAAGCAUAAGCUAGGACGACUGCAGUACUCGCUGGAUUAUGACUUCCAGAGUGGCCAGCUUCUGGUAGGCAUUCUGCAAGCGGAGGAGUUGGCAGCCUUGGACAUGGGAGGCUCCUCCGACCCCUAUGUCAGCGUCUACUUGCUGCCAGACAAGCGGAGGCGGUACGAGACCAAGGUGCAUCGGCAGACGUUGAACCCAUACUUUGGAGAGACCUUUGCCUUCAAGGUCCCGUAUGUGGAGCUGGGGGGCAGGGUGCUGGUCAUGGCGGUGUAUGACUUCGAUCGCUUCUCCCGCAAUGACGCCAUCGGGGAGGUGCGCGUCCCCAUGAGCUCCGUGGACUUGGGGCGGCCAGUGCAGUCCUGGCAGGAGUUGCAGGUGGCUCCCAGAGAGGAGCAGGAGAAGCUAGGGGACAUUUGCUUCUCACUCCGAUACGUCCCCACAGCCGGGAAACUCACCGUCAUCGUCCUGGAGGCUAAGAACUUGAAGAAGAUGGACGUAGGGGGGCUGUCAGAUCCCUAUGUCAAGGUGCACCUGCUGCAGGGCGGCAAGAAGAUGCGGAAGAAGAAAACGACCAUCAAGAAGAAUACUCUGAACCCCUAUUACAACGAAGCCUUCAGCUUCGAGGUAUCCUGCGACCAAGUCCAGAAAGUCCAGGUGGAAUUGACCGUGCUGGACUACGACAAACUGGGCAAGAAUGAGGCCAUCGGGAGGGUGGCGGUGGGCACAGCAGUGGGGGGUGCUGGCCUGCGGCACUGGGCGGAUAUGCUGGCCAACCCCCGGCGGCCCAUCGCCCAGUGGCAUUCUCUGCGGCCCCCUGACCGAGUGAGACCACCGCCUGGUCCCUGA